CAGUAGAUGGCGGUAAUGCUCAAUUUGUGAUUGCGAGCUGCCAACAAAAAACCGAAGAAGAAGAAGAGCCUUAUAAAGAUCUGUUCGUUAUUGUAUUAAUGUGGAAAGAACUGUUAACUUUUCCACAUAAUGGAGUCAGUCAUAAAAAUUAAUCAAGCGGAUACUAAAUGGGACAUACGCCAUAAAGUAUGGAACUACAUCGAAGUGAAAAACCUGGCCUGUUUCCCUCGACCUGUGCACAACAGAAUUCCCAAUUUCAAGGGUGCACUGGAGGCAUGUGCCAAGGUGUCACUCUUAGAGAUCUUCACCAGUGCCGCUGUGGUCAAGGUAGCUCCUGAUAAACCACUAGAGGGAGUUCGACUAGCUUCUUUGCAGGCAAGAAAAACAUUGCUUGUUCCAACACCUCGGCUAAAAACUGGGUUAUUUAACAGGAUCAUUCCACCAAAAGGUGCAACCAACAAAGACCUGCGUGUUUGUUCUACGUCUCAGGGUAUCAAAGAGUUCAGUGUUCCGGUCGGGUUAGAAGACGAAGUUCAGGUGGAUCUUGUCGUAGUUGGAUCAGUGGCUGUAUCUGAAAAAGGCUACAGAAUUGGAAAAGGUGAAGGCUUUGCAGACAUGGAAUAUGCUAUGAUGGCAUGCAUGGGAGCUGUGUGUGAAUCCACUGUGGUUGUCACCGUUGUUCAUGAUUGCCAGGUUGUGGACAUUCCAAAGGAACUCAUUGAAAGUCAUGACCUCACAGUUGACUUCAUUCUAACUCCAACAAGAAUCAUAAAAACUGAAUGCACACACCCAAAACCACAAGGCAUCAUUUGGUCAAAGUUACACACAGGAAUACUGAAGAAAAUACCCAUUCUGAAGAAACUAAGAACACUGGAGCAGGAAGCUGGGAAAUGUGCUGCUUUAAAGACGACUCCUGCUAAAGAAGAUGAAACUAAGAAAUCCAAAGAGGUGAAAUGGCAGCUUAAUUGUCAACAUAAAUCUGAGCUGCAAUGUGAAUAUUUAGCUUCUGAAGAUAACACAUGUGCUGGAUUUGAGUGCAAAUUUCUUAAAAGUUCUGUCACUAUAUGCCCAGCUGGGCUACGUGUGAGUGAGUUGAAGGGCUUGCUCAGAGAACAUGAAGCUGUUCCUCUGAGAAUCAGCUGGCGGGGGACAAAGCAAAGAGCGUUCCUGCUGUACGCUGAUGACACUGAUGCAGAGCACACUCUCGCCACUUUUCAAAAGCUCUCCAUUAAUGGCCACACCCUACAUGCUGAAUGUGUCAGAAGUAAGGGGCCAAAGACCCUGAGAGGAUACCAAACAGGCUGGUAAUAGACUCCAUGCUCCUUUUGGAGGAUAAUGUUUUUGAUCCAGAGUUCUGUUCUGUACACCUUUCUAAACAAGAAUUAAAAUUAUGCAUAAAUGUCUUGUAUGCUUGCCAUUGGCUCACACAAAGAAUCUAUAAUAUAAGGGAAAAAAUGUGUCAUGAAAAUGUGAGUUUUGCUAAGGCCUGAAGAUAGUGUUUUUAAAGUGUCUAUUCUUAUGUAUUUCUUGAUUAGAUAAACAGUGUUGGGUAAAUGGGUAUAUUUUAUGAUAUAAAGGUAUGUUUAUGCGUGUAUACUAUAAUUGUAUUGAUAGUAGUUCUGUCAAAAUUAGCACGUUAAUGCAGGCUAUUAUUUAUUAUUAUUAUUUUCGGAAUAACAGCGUUAUCUAAAAUAUUUAACGCAGACUUUUCAGACAUGCACUCCACUUUGCCUCAGUGACAGGUGUUAGUCAAAUGAGCGCGGAAAACGAUACAGGUGACGGGAGCUUCAGUAGAACAACGGUGAUCUGCGAUCAGAUGAAAUUUUGUCAGACCGUAUGUCAGUAAAACGAAUCUUCCCGUCCUGUCAGCCGUUAUACUGUGCUCGUAGCACGUGCUUAUCAAUUGCAACCGCAAAUACAGCGGCAUGUGUUGUAGCCUGUAUCAUAUAGCAGCCAAAUAACUUAAUAACCCAACUUCUGUGAUGUCUGUUAAUCAAAGGACAAAAUAAAAAAAGAGGGAACCAAUAACCUUUUAGCUUUGAUUCAUCUAUAUUUAAUUCAGUGUUAAUUAUGGCAGGCAUUUUUGAUUAAGUCUUAGUCUUUAUCUUGAGACGAAAAUGCUUAAUAGUCUUAGUCACGUUUUAAUCAUUUGAGUCUUUCAGAGUUUAGUCGACGAAAAGUCAUUGCAUUUUUGUCAACUUUUAGUCAUUACUCUAUAUCUCAUCUGACCGAUUCCCAAUCCGCAGAAAAUUUAUCGGAUCGAUGCAUUCCAAUUCUGAAUGCUCUAAACUGGGUUUUCAUUAAAGCUAUGUCAAUAUUUUUGUCAUGAAUCCUGUCCAUGGACUUACAUCUGCUUGCCACCUGAGGUUGCUCUUCCGUUACAUUGACUCUCACACUACAUGUCACUCCAGACUACAGACUUUUUUUACUUUUGCAAGGCACUGUGUAUGUGUGUGUGUGUGUGUAUAUAUAUAUAUAUAUAUAUAUAUAUAUACACGUUUAUAAUGAAUUUGUGUUAUUUGUCCAUGCAUUUAAAUUAUGUAAUAUA